AUGCACAAUGGCAACAUCGCCUUCUUCACAACAACGAACGGUACACUGGUAGAUAUAGGUGCGAAAGAACUGAUUGACAAUAACAAGCUACCCACCAUUACCGAUGCAACUCUCGGUAGAGUGAAAAUUACUAAAAUGGGUAGAAGAUGUCUAAUAGCAUUACCUGUCAAGGAGAGAAUAUCGCUUUCAAUUCAAUUAGAAAACUUAGAUGAAGUCCUUCACUCUCUUUUUGAAAGGGUGAUUGAAUUACAAUUAAAAACUAUUGCGACCAUUAAAGGACCAGUGGGUGAUAUACCCUGGGCCAACGUAAAACGUAAAAUUCAUUCAAUCUUCUUAGAAAGCGAGACGAAAAUUAUUAUAUUAAAGCAUGAAAUAGUAAUACCUAAAGAGAUUGAACGAAUAGGUAUUAUAUAUGAUAACCACUCGGCACCGUUAGGUAGACACAAAGAUGUUUCUAAAACUUACCUAAGAAUUAGAGAGAAGUAUUAUUGGCCGAACCUAAAACGGGACAUACAAAAUUUCGUACAACAAUGUAAAAGCUAUCAGACGAAGAAACUUGUCAGACUAAAAACUCACUAA